CCAAAAAUUUGGUCGCGAAAAACUUAUUUUCAGCAACUAAAAAAAAUUAGUCGCCAAAUUAGUACUGUUAGCGACUAAUAUUUUAGUCGCUGUUGAUUGAGAUUUGGCGACUAAAAAAAUUUGUCGGUGAAAGAACUUGUUUUUGCGACUAAUUUGAUCUUUUGGUCGCCAAAAGUUUGGGGGGAAAUUUGAAAGAUGGAGGGGGGAAAUGAAACUUGCAAGUGUGGAACAGUGAAAGGAACAAGACUUUCGAAGUAACAGAUGACUCCCCAAACCUCAUUUUCUCUCUCAUGUCGAAAACCCUUCUCUCCCGCAUUAAACCUCGUCACAACCCCAAACCCAGUUCUUCCCCUUCCUUCUCCUUCAAACCCUUGAUCAAGCGACUCGUCAACGAACUCUGUGACAUCCUCAAACCCCACCACCACAAUCAAUGGCAAGACACCCUCGAAACCCACCUCUCCGAAGAAGAAAUCGUCCCAUCUGACAUUGCCCAUUUGGUGCUCGACCGUAUUCGCGACCCCGAAUUGGGUUUGAAGUUCUUUGAUUGGGUCACUCAACGCCCAUACGGUUGUUCUCUUGAUGGGUUUGCUUAUUCUUCUCUUCUUAAGCUCUUGGCCAGCUCUAGAGUGUUUUCAGAGAUUGAGACUGUGUUGGAGAGUAUGAAAGUUGAAGACAAGUUACCGACUCGGGAAGCUUUGGAUGCUGUAAUUCGAGCGUAUUCGGAUUCUGGGUUAGUCGAUAAAGCCCUUGAAAUUUAUACUACUGUGCUUAGUACUUCUAAUUCUGUUCCAAGUGUUCUUGCUUGCAAUUCUUUGCUUAAUGCGCUUGUAAAAGAGGGUCGAAUUGAAAUUGCAAGCCGGGUAUAUGAUGAAAUGUUUGA